ACAUGUACUUUGUCAUGUUUUCUGUAAGUUGCUUUACAGUUUCCUGAGCUCUUUAUUGGAGAUGUUGCAUUUAUGACACUGAUGGGCAGAAUCAGAGAAAGGUGAUCGAGUUCACAGGAAGUAAAAAUGCAAUUAUCUCAGCAUAAAACAUAGCAAAAUGACAGUAACUGUGUCAAAAACUAUGAGUAAAACCAAACAGUUCCGGCUAAGAACAAUGAAAGUUAACAAAACAGUGUGGGGGUGGUGCCAGUGUGCAGGCUCCCAGUGAUGUCAGAGGUGAGAAGAAACUUUAUGGUAAUUCAGAUUGGGCGCCUUCUUAAAGAGAGUGAGGAGUCAUUACUUAAGUCUGUGUGGGAGUUGUGUUGGGGUUCAGGACUGCAGGGUGAGGAUCAGGGCUCAGAGGACGCAAACAACCAAACACAGGAUGAGGAGUCUGCUGCUGCUGGUUUUGGCUUUUACCUCUGCCACUGCUAUAAGGCAAAGAAGUCAGUUCACACGUUACCGAUCCUGGAACUCCCGGAUGUAUCCGGUGUGGAAAGAUGGAGACUCAAGAUUCAGAAACUGUUGGUCUGGUGGUGAAGUAACCUUUGAUCUGAAGAAUGAUGCUCCCACACUGACUGGAGCAAGAGCAACCUUCAGUAUUAAUCUGAAUUUCCCACCAAACCAGACAGUCCUCUCUGAUGGACAGGUGGUCUGGGCACAAAACUGCACCAUCGACGGACAACAGUAUCAGGCGGGUCAGGCCGUGUAUCCAGAACAGGACCCUAAUGGAGUUUUCCCCGAUGGCACACCGUUCACCAGGAGCCAGAACAGGAAACCUCGCUACGUGUUUGUGUGGAAGACAUGGGGGCGUUACUGGCAGGUGGCAGAUGGACCUUCCUCCUCGCUCACCAUCGGUACAGACAACGUUCCUCUGGGCUCCUACGACAUGGAGGUCGUCAUCUAUCACUGUCGAGGCAAAGACAAGUUCAUUCCCCUCGGAUACGCCUCCUCAGUCUUCACCAUCACAGACCAGGUUCCCUUCAGCAUAUCACUUGCCCAAGUCAAUGAUGUAAACCAGGGUGACCAGAACUUCAUCCAGAACCAGGCCAUUGCUUUUACCGUCAACCUCCACGAUCCCAGCCAGUACUUGAACAACGCAGACAUCAGCUUCAGCUGGGACUUUGGUGACGCCAGUGGAACUCUGAUCUCCAGAGAGCGCACCAUCACUCACACAUAUCUUGCAGUUGGCACCUUCAAACCUCAGGUGGUCCUGAUGGCAAGCAUCCCCAAUGGCUGUGGAAACCCCACUGCUGUUGUUCCUCUUGAUGCCUCUGCUGCUCCUGCAGUAGUUGUGAUGGCCUCCACUCCUGCAGCUGUACCAGUCGAGGGAGGAGAUGCGAUUGCUCUGGAUAUUCCUGCCUCUGAUGCCACUCCAGCUGCUGCCUCUGUGCAGCCCGCCGAUGCUGCCGCCGACACUGAUGACGGAGAAGCAGUCGUGGAUACCGACACAGUGACUGUAGAAGACGCCUCAGUGGCCCCUGCAGUAGAUGCAGCUGUGGUUCCAGCAGAAGAAGACCCAGCCAACGCUGCUGUUCCUGCUGCAGAAGAAGAUGUUGCUGCAGAGGAGACAGAAGCUGCAGCAGGAGAAGUGGCUGUUGUUGCCUCUGUUGCACCUGCAGUUGAAGAGCCAGCAGAAGCUAAUACAGAUGCUGCAGAUGACACAGCCACAGUUACUGAUGUAGCUGCAGAAAAUGUGGCUGUGAUUGAUGCUGCUGCUUCAGUUGCCCCUGUUGUGGAAGGAGAAGAAGUUGCAGUUGAGGUUGCCGACACCAUUACUGUUGCCCCUGUGACAGAUGUAGCUGCAGAAGAAGAAGCUGAGGUGACCGCUGCUGUUGACACUGCUGUAGAAGCUGACGCUGCUGUAGAAGCUGACGCUGCUGUAGAGGUUGUCCAGGCUCAAACAGAAGUGCCUGUUGAUAACAUUGUUGCUGCUGCAACUGAAUCCACAGCUGUAGAAGAGGCCGCAGCAGUUGAUGCUGCAGUUGAUACUGAGGCUGAAGUGCUUGAAACUGAGAACGAAGUUGCAGCAACUGCAGCUGCUGCAGGUAAUGAACAGGUGUACAAGAAGCUGUUCCGGGCUGAAGGUGAAGUUCAGGCUGAAGUAGAAGCAGAUCCAGCACAAGUUGCCCUUGUUGUGGCUAAAAGACAAGCACCAGAGCUGACAGCUGACUGCACAGUCUACCGUUACGGCUCUCUCGCCACAUCUAUAGAUGUUGUCCAGGGAAUUGAAAGUGUAGAGAUCGUCCAGAUGUUGAGUGUUGUAUCAAUGGCGACUGAGGUGGAGCAGAAUGCUGUGGACGUCACCAUUGCCUGUCAGGGAAGUUUGCCCAGCGAGGUCUGCACCGUCAUAUCUGAUGCUGACUGUGUCACACCACUACAAACCAUCUGCAAUGAAGCCUCACCCUCUCCAGACUGUCAGAUGAUCCUUCGUCAGUUCUUCAAUGACUCUGGAGUUUUCUGCCUCAAUGUCUCGCUGACCAAUAGUGUCAGUCUGGCUGCGGCAAGUGCUAGAGUCAAUGUAGCAUUAGCCUCCACUGGUUCCCCAGCUGGAACUGCAGCUACAGUUCUGGUGUUUAUGGUUCUCGCCUGUGUCGUCGGUUGUAUUGGUUUGAUGUACAGACGGUUCAAGCAAUACCAGCCGCUGACAGAAGACCAUGCAGGGAACAGCGGAGGCAGCUCUGCAGUAACAUCAGUGCCUUUGCUGCUGUGGAACCUGCUGAGUCGACAGUCACCUGGGGAAAGUCGUCCACUGCUUCAGGGAAGAAUUGUGUGAAUAUUGUCAUCAGUUUAUGUAUUAACAUCUGCCACAUCCACUAACAUAUCAGCUUUAUAUACGCAAUUCUGUCUGUAGUGAUACCGCCGCUCCCUGCCAUGAAACCAGAAGCCAAUGAAAUGAACCAGCCUCAUGAACAACAUCUGUUGGAAUUGUGAGUCAGUUGUGUAAUAAAAUAAACAGAAGGUGUAUUAAACAUGUUAAAAGUUUUGUAGAGGAAAGUGAUAUUUAUUUUGACCUCUACUAAUUGUAUUAAUUGCACUGGUAGUUUAUAGAAGCCAUAACCUCUAUUUUGUGGCCUACUUAUACUAAACAGUUGGAAAAUCAAUCCUAACA